AUGGAUCCGCCAAGACAUUCACGGCCAGAUCCUGCACAGGUUUUCAUUCCCCGACAGGAUAGUGCCCGCCGAGCGCGGGAAGCGCAAAUCCGCUUAAAUACGGUCAGACGGGCAGCGCGCGCACUGCGCUCCCGCUUCUCCGAUCCCCCACCACGAGCACGCGUCUCCACCGUAACCGCUGACGCGUCCCCGAGACCUGGGCCAAGCAUUCCAUCGCCAGCAACCAUUCCGGAACAUACCGAACACUGCCGUCCCGCAGUAACCGUUCCGAACAGUAACGAACCCCGCCGUCCUCCAGUAACCGUUCCAAGUCGUAUCGAACACCGCCGUCCGCCAGUAACCGAUCCGAGUCGCACUGAAUCCCGCCGUUGCCCCGCACGCAAGAUACGGAUCCUGUCCGAACUAGUGAUUCCGGCCCCGCACUGCCCAACUACCUCCGCCCCGGCCACUGUCACUGGCCGCAGGUCCGUGCUACCCUCUACCAGCCGCCCGGAUAACAUUUAG